UUCCAUUUGUGUGUAUGGGUGUGUGAGACAGUUUCCUGCUCGUGUGUAUGUGUGUGUGUGUGUGUGUGAGACAGCGGCGGCGAGGAGCUCCAGACCGGCGGGGAGAGGAGACGGUUGUGCCCCGCCCCUCUCGGACACGUUGCCCAGGGAGAGGCUACACGGGCUGGAUGUAUGGGACUCCUGCCCGCCUUCCUGCGUCUGCUGGCUUCAUGGUUUCACUCCAUCAUCAGUCGGCUCGGUCCGUCAGCGUGUCCGCACCGCACACACUGUCUGCUGCAUGUCCUCAACUCACCGAGCCGGGACGGGAAACACACGGUUCACUUCUGGUGUGUUUGGUGUGUUUUCUGCCCGGCAGCACCGUGAUGCUCUCUGCUGGCUGAGAGUCUAGCUCCAACAUGUCGACCUCGGACUCGGAUUACUCCAUUGACUGGCUCGCCAGCGACGAGGACGACUACGACAGCCCGAGGAGAUUAAGUCCUGGGCACGCUGAGGAGUCACCGGUACCGGUCUCAUCAUCUUUAUCACCAUCUUCACUGUUAAGGGAAUCCCCUACCAGCUGCUUCCACCCUGCAGCCGAGUGGAGGAGGAGGAGGACGAGUGGCUGCUGUGGCUGUAGAGACGGAGGCCUCUGUGGGGUCGAGGCCGACUCUCCGGCUGCCCCGCAGACCCCCACGCUGAGUCCAGUUCAGGGAUUUACUUCUGUUUGUGAUCCGCUUUCUGUGGAUUCGAAUCAUCAUCCAAGCAGGAAGAGAGCACACAGCGCCGGUGUGGACGGACUCUGUGAAAAGACUCAACCACACACUGAAAAUGAACUGUUCUCGCAGAAGUGCACGGAGCUGAGGAGCUACGUCCAGCCGCUGUCAUCCAUCCUGCGGGGCCUGAGAUCAGGCAGGUACUCUGAACGUCUCAGCAGUUUCCAGGAGAGCGUUGCAAUGGACCGGAUCCAGAGAAUAAUGGGGGUCCUUCAGAAUCCAAACAUGGGUGGACGCUUCCUCAGCAUCAUACUGAAAAUAGAGGAAAUGCUUCAGAGUUGGUUCCCUCACAUCAGACCCAACCUGAACCAGACAGACGCCUGCACUCCGGCCAAGAAGCAAAAGCAGCAUCACAGCAGUGCCUCCUCUCCUCCUCCUCCUCCCUCCUCUCUGGUGUCGCUCUGCUCCUCUGACUCCUCCACCUCCACUCACCUCAAAUGGCUCCACACGUCUCCCAUCUGCUCCCUGAAGACGCCACAGCCGUCCCCUGGCCAGCCGGCCCCCGCUGCCGCCCCGGCCUCCCCCCCGCCCGCACGCUGCAGCCAGGACGUGACCCAGGACAGCGCCGUCUCCUCCACCACCAACGUCUCACACUCGGGGCCCCGACGCCGCUACAGCCGGGCGGCGCUGCCCUUCAAGAUCAGCUCGCCGUGUCUGGAGAGACUCCUGCAGGCGAAGGAGAGCCUCAUCGCUCCCAGGACGGUGGGCGACGGCGGCUGGGUGUCCUGAGAGGACGAUUCACGUGCUGCGCUGCAGACCGGAGGCUGGUCUGGGGUCAGAUCUGUGUGAGGCCUUACGUGGCUUCCACAGAAAAUACAACACGGCCUUAAAAAAAGCAUGUUUCAAUGUCUUCUACGUCGUUUUUUAAACCUCUAGCUGACAUGCUCUUCCAGCAGAAAGAGUCUGAAUGUGAUGAAGAAACAAACAAACAAACAGGCCUCGGUGACUUUUAGGACGUUUUAAAAGGAGCCGUCUGUCUGUGUGAGGAAACACUUUGGACCUCUAGUUUGAGCUUCACUAAUAUUUGAGUUGGAUGGAUAUCAUCUUCUAAUGAGUUCAAUGGUUAAAUGGAUGUUGGCAGAUUGUUGCUGAGAAUUAUUUCCUGAGCAGAGAUCAGGAGCUCUGGGCUUCUUCUGAAAACAAACACAUCUGGAGACUUCUGGUUUUAAACUCUGACUGUUACCUUGUUUGCUCUGCUUCUGUUUUUAAUGAUUCCUCUACCUCAUGCCGACACCGCGACGCAGUCUGACCGCAUCAAAACACCUUGACAAAAACAAAAAAGCAGCUUUCCUUCCAGAUAGAACAAGGUGGAAUAUUUUUCCGAUAGUGAAAUACAUCCUGAUGUGGCACAAAGUCAAAACUUUUGGAUUAAAAUCAGCUUGUAAUCGACUAUUUUUUGGAGGGAUUUAAAAAGGUUUUAGUUGGUAACGAUUUGAUCCUUCAACACCCAAAACUUUGAUCAGUUCUUCAUUUAUCUUUUACGUCUCACAUGUGAGAGUUUCAGGCUGAUGAGUUAGAAUAUUUGGUGCCAGAAAACAUUUAAAUUUUAACAGAAUGAUCACAGGGACACCAGAAUUAACAAACAUCUCCUGGCACAAUUUAACAAGGUUUGGAUAUUUUAAGUUCAUUUUGAUAAAAUUCUCACACGUACUUUGAGAGUGCAAGUCUUUCAAAGUCCUUGUGAGUCUGAAUAUGAAGACAAACCUGCUUUAACCAACAUGAGCAGAUGGUUUGAACACACUUUUCUUCAUGUAUAUAGUGUUUUUCACGUUUUAGUUACUCCCCAUAAAAGAUGGCCUUUGUCAUAUUUUGUACUUCUGAAAUAAAUGUGAUGUUUGCUUUCUGAGAGGAAACGUUUUGUCUUUUC